CUGACAAUGUGAAUGUGAAGAUAAGGAGAGUAGGACCAGUGUACCGGAACCAAAAAGACCAGUCAGGGAGGCAAGAGGAGGGGAAGCAGGUUGUGGUGGCUCAAAGCCACUCCAUUGAGAACGUGGCGGAAGAUACCUCCACGCAUUCAACGCCGAGCGAAGGUUCGUUUAGCGUUCGUUCGCAUUACGUCGGUGUCGCUCCCAUGUUUCGACCCUUGUGCGAUCUCUCGACGAGUCGUGUUUUUCUUCAUCUGAUUACGACACCUCGAUGUUUCGUACAAUGGUCAUUGAACCCCGUUUGCUCGUCGAGUAACCCUCUUGAUACCAACUACCUCAAAGUGCAGUCGUCGUACUGUUGCGAACGCACCAGUUUAGGACGUCGUAGUGCGGAUUGGAGGAGAGGGAGCAGUACUCGGGUGCUGCAUCUCAUAGUAGAGGGCUCGUUGUUGAGAGUACCAUUAGCUCAUCAAUGG